AAUCUAUUGCCGGUUCGCUCGUUCGCUUGCAAUUUGCAGCUUGCCCUGUGCAGUUUAUUCUAGAAAAAUCUUGAGCUCAUAAUCUUGCAGUAUUGUGUUGUUAAUUACAAAUAAUAUGAUAAUUAAAAUGGACGCCGACGCCUCGGCACAGUUGAUUACAAUUCUCGAAAAGACCAUAUCUCCUGACAAAAAUGAGUUGGAAGCCGCGCAGAAUUUUCUUGAGCAAGCUGCUCAAAAUAAUCUGCCUGAGUUCCUGAAAACUCUGUCAGUGAUCCUGAGGCAAGGCGGAAACAGUCAGGUUGCGCGAACGGCGGCUGGACUGCAGCUGAAGAACGCUCUCACCUCCAAAGACCCAACCCUCAAAACCCAAUACCAACAGAGAUGGCUCGCCCUCAACGAAGACAUAAGAACUCUCAUCAAAAGAAACGUGGUGAAUGCGCUUGGCACGGAAAUGAACAGACCGAGCUCGGCAGCCCAAUGCGUGGCCAACAUAGCCGUGGCCGAGCUGCCCAUGGGCCUCUGGCCGGACCUCAUCGACGCACUCGUCAACAAUGUGCUCAGUGGCACCACAGAGAUGAUCCGCGAAGCGACUCUCGAGGCCAUCGGCUACAUUUGCCAAGAUAUCGAGCAUGAUGUGUUGACGGCGCAAUCGAAUCAUAUUCUGACAGCGAUUGUCCAUGGAAUGAGGAAAACCGAGACAAGCAAUCACGUGAGGCUGGCCGCCACCACUGCUUUGCUCAAUUCGCUCGAAUUCACCAGAGCCAAUUUCGACAAAGAUUCUGAGAGGAACUACAUAAUGGAAGUGGUAUGCGAAGCAACACAAAGUUCUGACACUCAGGUGCGAGUUGCAGCCCUACAGUGCUUGGUCAAGAUAAUGUCGCUUUAUUACCAGUACAUGGAGCCUUACAUGGGACAAGCGCUAUUUCCAAUUACUUUAGAAGCAAUGAAAUCGAAUAUUGAUGAAGAAGCACUUCAAGGUAUUGAAUUCUGGUCGAACGUGAGCGACGAGGAAGUGGAUCUGUCGAUUGAGGAGACUGAGGCCAGUGAAAUCGGAAAGCCACCUCACCGCACAUCCAGGUUCUAUGCCAGAGGUGCUCUCCAGUACCUGGUGCCGGUGCUCAUGGAGAAGCUUACCAAACAAACAGACGAGUUCGAUAAUGAAGACGAUUGGAAUCCGAACAAGGCGGCUGGUGUUUGCCUCAUAUUGCUGGCGCAGUGCUGCGAAGAUAGCAUAGUGCCGUAUGUUCUGCCAUUCGUCAAAGCCAACAUCAAGAACAAUGAUUGGCGGUACAGAGAUGCAGCUCUAAUGGCAUUCGGUUCGAUCCUGGGCGGAUUGGAGGCGAACACGCUGAAAGAGCUGGUAGAGCAGGCGAUGCCGACGCUGAUCGAGCUGAUGUACGACAACAGUGUGGCGGUGCGCGACACGGUGGCCUGGACGUUCGGCCGCAUUUGCGAGAUCAUCCCCGAGGCGGCCAUCAACCCGGUCUUCCUGAACGCGCUACUCGAGGCGCUCGUGAACGGGCUGAAGGCCGAGCCUCGAGUCGCCGCCAACGUGUGCUGGGCGUUUAGCGGCCUCGCCGAGGCGGCCUAUGAGGCGGCGGCCGAGAGUGGUGGUGGGGGCGACGACACCACGCAGCCCGACACCUACUGUCUAUCCAGCUACUUCGAGUGCAUCGUACAGCGGCUGCUCGAAACCACCGACCGCGCUGAUGGUGCUCAGGCCAAUCUUCGCCCAGCUGCUUAUGAAGCACUGAUGGAAGUUGUAAAGAAUUCACCAAAGGAUUGUUAUGUUAUCGUUCAGAAGACAACGAUGGUCAUCCUGGAGAGGCUGAACCAAGUUCUGCAGAUGGAGAGUCACAUCCAGAACCACAAUGAUCGUGCACAGUACAAUGAUCUCCAGGGUCUGCUUUGCGCUACCCUACAGAGUGUUCUCCGUAAAGUGACCCCCGAAGAUGCACCUCAAAUCUCCGACGCCAUAAUGCAAGCGUUGCUGCAAAUGUUCAACUCGAAUUCGUCCAAGUCGGGAGGCGUGCAAGAAGAGGCGCUCAUGGCUGUUUCUACUCUGGUCGAUGUCCUAGGAGAGAACUUCAUUAAGUACAUGGAUGCUUUCAAACCAUUCCUUUGCCUUGGUCUCAAAAAUCACGCAGAAUACCAGGUGUGUGGCACAGCUGUCGGUUUGACUGGAGAUAUCUGCAGAGGAUUGAAGGACAAGAUCAUCCCCUACUGCGAUGAGAUCAUGAUGCUCCUACUCGAAAACUUGGGCAAUGAAACAGUACACAGAUCUGUGAAGCCGCAGAUUCUGUCUGUAUUUGGAGACAUUGCACUGAACAUCGGCCCCGAAUUCAAGAAGUACCUGGAUGUUGUUCUGCAAACCCUGGUCCAAGCGUCGCGUGCGCAAGUUGACAAGACCGAGUACGAUAUGAUCGACUACCUGAACGACUUGCGAGAAGCCGUACUGGAGGCGUAUACUGGCAUUGUGCAGGGUCUGAAGGGAGUCGAGGAAACGCCCAACCCUGACGUCAUGCUCCUCGAGCCACAUGUCCAGUUCAUCAUCCAGUUCAUCACGUACAUAGCGCUCGACAGCGAUCGCUCCGAAGGAAACGUUGCUGGCUGCUGCGGUCUCAUCGGUGAUCUUUGCCUGGCAUUUGGAUCGAAGCUGCUGCCCUACUUGGACAACGAUCAGAUCAGAGACCUGUUGAUGGAAGGCCGAAGGUCCCGCACAUCGCGAACAAAGGCACUCGCUUCCUGGGCUCAGAGGGAGCUCAAGAAGCUCAAGUCAUCUGCCACUUCUAGCUGCAUUACCAACUGCGUCCCUCCUAUUAUUUCAGUAGGCCGUUGAUUGUCAAAACUUCGGUUAGCAAAGGGCUUGUUAAAUAGAAAAGAAACAUCCAAUGUAGAAUGUAGCAAUGGGCAGACAUUCGAUCUAUUCCUACUUUUCGGUUGUCAUCUGCAAUUGUACCCACUCCACUCUGAUGAUGAUGAUGAUUGGACGAGGACACGGGUGAGAGAGGCAGAGAGAGCAAGAGCAAGAGUUGGUGUCCAGCGUAUUGUGAAGUGCAAAUGAAAUGCGAGGUUCCAUUGUGCGGUGAAGAAGUGACUUAUAAAUGAAGUGUUGUGGUGACUGCUGACUGGAGUGUAGUGUAGUGUAGUGAGUGGAUGACUGAAGUUGUUGUUGAUAUGAUGUUGAUGAUGUUGUAUGUGCAGAGGGGCGAACUACUCGAACACUGUUUUCUACCUUACACUCAGGAAAAUCAUUGCAAAUUAUUUAAUGAAAUCGUUUUACAUUAUGUUGUUUCAAAAACCGACCUUUACAUCAAAUAAUUUUCUACAUGACAAACAUAUCUAGUGGUUAAAUUGGUUACCAGAGAGUGGACAAGUGCUUUUUACUGAACAACUUACUAAUAACUCAUUUCUUUUCAGAUUCCACUGCAAAAUGGUUAAAAUGGUGUAGUGAGAAUGUUUUCAACUUAUUUUAAAUUAUUUUUUGUUAGCAACACCUUUUAUUAAUACUACUUUAUCAAAUUUCAAAUUUGGUUAAUCAUUUAAUUUAAAUUUAUUCAAUUCUAAACUUUUGUAUUCAUGCAUGCUUUUGUUGCAACUAAACGUAAUAUAAUUCACGUUCCUCAAUUUUCUGACUCAUAUAAAUUGAUAUACUUUAUUAUAUCUCUAUCAGUGAGAAGAAAUGAGUUAGUGAGUUUCUCAUCAGGUCUUUAGAUUCAAAGAAGGUACUUCACUUUUAUGAAUUAUUGGUGAACAUUUUAAACCGAUUGAAGUGCCUUGUUGAAGAGCAUUGGUCAUGUUAGCUCAGGUAGAUUCACGCCGGCUGCCAAAGAGUAAUUAAUUAACUGUGAAUAAAUAUUGUAAUCUUGUAAGGUAAAUAUUGUGUACUACCAUCAAAAUUAGAUAUCCAACAAGGUACUAAAGAAACAACAAAUGGGUCGUAAUGGCGGCUUGCACUUGUAAAGCAUUAUUUUUAUUUGAAAAUUAUUAUUUUCCAGUUUGAAUUUUAACUAUUUCAUCUUUUUGUAUAAGAAAGAACUGAUCUAGUGGAGAGUCAAAUAAAUUUGAGCCAAAUUAAAGUUCAAAUGGACGAAUAGUUUUCUAUUUUAAAUAAUUUCAAGACGAUAUUGUUUAUUUUCACCUUAUAUUUGUGAAUUAUAAUCGUCUGUCUAUUCUUGUAAUUCCUGAAAGUCUUCUCAGGGUUUAACCAUUUGUCUACUCGCCCAAGCUUUAUCUUAAUUAAAUUACAGCUAUUGUGUAUUACAUCUUUUGAAGGGUAUUCUUUCUGGAGACAUGAAUUACUUUUCGGAUAAUGAUCAUUAUAGUACUCUAAUAAUAGUGUAAGAUUGCUCAUAAAAUCUAUUCAUAAUGAUUACUACAAUUUUUAUUUUAUUUUGGCCUUUAAACUCUACCUCUCUAUAUUUAAUGUUGAAGAUAUCAUUGUUUUCGUUGAUAUACUUUUUAAUAUUGUGUCGUCGAAUUAUUUUUCUUAUUUUAACAUGUUUUAUUUGCUAAGUUUUAGUUUUGUUUGGAGUCAGAAAAAAAUCAAAAGUUUCAAAAUCGAUCGUAUUUCACAAAACAUUGAUGCAUUCACUCGAGAUGUUCAAUUUAUUUUCUAUUUCAAGUGCAGAUCCUUUGUUAUUGAUUUUAUUUCGUUGUUUUGUUUUACUGGUCAAUAUUAUUAUCUGAUAAUUUAAGUUGUUUAUUAGGGACUUUCAUCAAUUUGAUUAAGUCGUGAAUUCCGUUUUUAUUAUAAUAAAUUGUAUGUGAUUAUGCUGUAAAUGUCGGGGCUCUUGUAUGAAGCCAUUGUACAAAACUUAGGAAAAGGAUUAUAUUUUUUGGAGAAAGACUAAUCUAGAGUAAUGUAGGUGUAAUCGGUGGUUCUAGGUGGGUAAAACUUCCUUACCUGAGCUAUUUGAAUCGGUAAAUUAAUAUAAACAAAGUUACUGUGAUUAAAAGCUGGCCAAAGGAAAAUUGGCCAGUCCAAAGUUGGGCAAGACAGUCGUAUAGUCUUGCUCCACUUUAACAUACGCUUCAAUUAUUCCUGACAUAUUGCGUCCCUCGUCAGUGUGCGUGCUUGUGUGUAUGUGUGUGUAGUGCAUGCCAGCCGAAGUGUGUUCCACGAAACACUUCCAAAGGUAUGGAAGUGAAUAUUUUGCAUUGUAUCAAUGAGCCAAGUGUGAUAAUUAUUGAGUGAUUCAAGUAAACUCGUGUUGAAAUUGUAUUAGGUAUUACGAUUGUUAUUUGAAUUCUGAUGUUAUGUUUGUGUGUGAAUAUGGUGAGUGAAUGGAUGAGAAAGAGAGAGAAAAAGCUGUUAUGAUUUGUUAUUGUUGAGUGGGUAUGAAUGUUUGUUUGCUAGAUGUAUAAUAGAAACUACUGUAUAAUGAUAAGAAAUGACUGAACAGUUUAAGAAUAAGGAGAUGCAUCGAAUGUGAAAUGAGUGAGUGCAUGAAUGGAGGUGCGACUGUCUGGACACAAGUGUGCUGUGUGUGUGUGUGUUUGUGCGCGAGCGAGUAUUUUGUGCCAUGAAGGCUGGUCAUAGUGAUGAUAGCUAGCUAGCUUUGCUUCCUGACCUGACUCCAGAUCCCUUGGCACGGCUUGUUCCGUCUGGAACCCCAACCCUCUUCCCUCCUUCUCCCUCCAACAAGUCCUCCUUGGCUAGGAACAGAAAAUGCGUUUAGUUUCAUUCUUAUUACUUUUCUCGGUACAUUUUGCUUUGUGAUCAGUUGAAUUCACUAAAUUUGAGUAUCGGGUAGAACCAUUCCUCCAUUUAAGGUUAUACGUAUACUUUUUAUUGUAUUUUCGAGUAACUUUCAAAAAUAUUGUCUUAUUUAUUAUUUUUAUCUUCAAGAAAAAGGAUAUUUUCGAAUCUCUUGGAUUCAUUUUUGUGAAUUUCAUUGAUAAUCAUUGUAUCUUGGAAAAAUAAAUCCUUUAAAUUUA